CUCGAACAUGGCGGCUGUGUUACGGGAAAGGCACCGAGCCACACUGGAUAUCCGAGAGAAAAAACAACAUUAGAGAGGGCGAGGAUACAAUCAGACAGUGGGACACAGGGAAUGAUCCCUAAAUGAAUGUAAUGAGGAGGACACUUAUGCUGUGGCGAGGCCUAAACUGCAGUUAAUCCUCCAAACAAAGCCCCAAACAUCCCUGGUUCACUCUGCUGGCCACUGCAGGUGUGGGUGUGCCUCCUGUCAGACUGGCAGAGGAGGCGGGGAGGGAGGUGUUGCCGGGUGGAGGACUGAGGCCGCACCCGUCUGCCUUCUUUGUCUUCUUCCGUUCUCAAGCUGCAGCUUCCAGAGGCAGCCGGCUGAGAAGGAUCACCCAAGAGCCUCAGGUGUGCGGUGGCAGGCAUUGGAUACUGCAGAGUGGCAUUGACAGGGCUCUGCCCAGCGUCAUCGGCCAGCUGAGGAGCGGAGUAUGUUGAGUGGUAACCAUGGAGCCGCAGGAUAAGAAGCAGGAGGAGGAGGCUGUGACUCUGGGCCUGUCCACCAGCCAGGCUCUGGGGAAGCUCAGGGACCAGCUCAGCAGCCUGCUGGAGCAGCACGAGAGGACUGCACGCAGACGGGUCUCUGCACAGGAGCAGUGGGUGAAGAGCUUCCUUUACCAUGGCAACCGUCACUCCUGUCUCCAUUGGCCGGGAGCUGCACUCACUCUUCUGGUGGUGCUGGGUCUUUUCUGUUGCCAUGGCAGCCAGCCAAAGGGCAGUUCUGGUAUAGAGCUGGUGAAUGCCGCAGCCCUCCUCCUCCUCCUCCUGCUGAACCUGCUGCUGGUCGGACGUCAGGAGAGGCUGAAGAGGAGGGAGAUGGUCCGGCGCCUUAAGGGCAUCAUCACACAACUCAAUGACUAUCUGUCACGGUGUGUAGGUGAACCGGUGCAGUGGUCUCCAUCUCUGUACCCUGACUUGUACACACCCUCGUCCCCCUCCUGGUCCCUCCACUGGACCUAUCGCGACUCCCAGCUGGUCAACCUGCCUGUCAGUCUGCUUGUGGAGGGAGACAUCAUUGCCCUGAGACCUGGCCAGGAGGCAUUUGCAUCCCUCAGAGGCAUUAAGGAUGAUGAGCACAUUGUGUUGGAGCCAGGAGAUUUGUUCCCCCCAUUCUCCCCUCCUCCCUCCCCACGGGCCAAUGAGAAGAGAGGUCCCCAGAACCCCCAGAAACACCGUCUCUUCAGAGUGGUCCGAACCCCAGUACUGGACACUGUCAGGAACAGUUUGGAGCUGGCAAUGUCUCGGCCAAUCACAGCGCUGGAUAAUGAGAGGUUUACUGUACAGUCACUGAUGGCCAAGCUAGCCUGUCCUAUUGUGCUGGUUGCGUUCCUGCUGGUGAAUACUGUCCGGUAUUUCUGUGAAGCACCAAGUCUCACCCCGGCCCGUUACAACUUCUUUCAACUGCAGUUGAUGGGCGUUCUGCCCAUUUUGCCCUUGCUCUUUCCUGUCAUGUGGGUGCUGGUGAAUGCCUACGGAGAGGCCCGAGUCCUUGCUGAGUCCAGCCGGGCUUCACCCACGGGCCUGCUUGCUAAGUUCUCUGAGGAUACUCUAAGCAGCUACACCGAAGUGGUUUCCUCCCAGGAGAUGCUGCGCUGUGUGUGGAGACACCUGGUGGGCGUCCUGAAGGGAGAAUCUCAGACACUUUGCUACACUUCCAGCCUUUUACACAAUCUGGGAUCUGUUACUGUGCUUUGCUGUGUGGAUAAGCAGGGCAUCCUGUCGUGGCCCAACCCCAGUCCGGAGACGGUGCUGUUCUUCAGCGGACGGGUUGAACCACCUCAUGACAGCCAGGAUGACCUCCGAGACGACCUGUCAGUCAACUCCUAUGGCCGAUUGGAGACUGACGAUGACAGGGAUGAGGUCCAGGAGGCAGAGGCUCUGCUCUGUCUGGGAACGGAGUCAUCAGUCAUUCUGGGGGAGGGGCCCGAGCCAAGCGAGACCUCACACGACACGGCUCGCUCCUCUGACACACUCCGGCCCCGGCUCUCCUGCCAGCACGCACACACUCGCACCAAACACCACUCCGGAUCCAACGUCAGCUUCAGCCACGACACCGAGGGAGGAGAUGAUGACCAGGCACAGGACCUAGUGCUGGGCUGUCAGGAGGCUGAGGCCGAAGACUUUGUGUGCGACUACCACCUGGAGAUGCUGAGCUUGUCGCAGGACCAGCAGAACCCCGUCAGCAUCCAGUUCGACGACCUGUCCUGGCAGUGCCACCUGCCCUCCCUCAAGCCGCUGGGCCUCAACAUCAUGCUCAAUCUGUGCAACGCCAGCGUCACCCAGCAGCUCUGCCGCUUCUCCGACCAUCUGUCCAACCUGGCGCUCCAGGAGAGCCAUGGCACUGUGCUGCCUGUUUACGUACCGUGGGGGCUGUGCGAGCUGUCCAGGCUCAUAGGAUUCACCCCCGGCGCCAGGGAGCUGUUCAAACAGGAGAACCACUUGGCUCUUUACCAGCUGCCGUCUGGAGAAAAAGCCAAGGAGUCAGCCUCCCGCCGCCUGCAUCACUUCAACAAACGCCAGCCUCCCAUCUCCCACCUCAUCUCCCUGUUUGUACGAGACUCCUCCUCAAAUAACGUCCAGAUGCUGUCACAUGGUUCAGCUGAUCUCAUCCUGGAGGCCUGCACUGACUUCUGGGAUGGUGCUGAUAUCUACCCCCUGUCGGGCUCAGACAGAAAGAAGGUUCUAGACUUUUACCAGCGUGCCUGUUUGUCAGGCUACUGCUCAGCUUUUGCCUACAAGCCCAUGCAGGUGUCACUGUCCUGCCAGCUGAAUGGGAAGUGUGUGGAGCUGGCCCCGGGUCCCAGCCUCUUCUCCGGGGUGGAGCUGCCCUCCACCACCCCCAUCAAGCACAGCUCCCGCAGGAAUAGCUGGAGCUCCGACGAGGGUAUCGGUGAGGGUGUUGAGCGUGAGGAUUGCGUCCAGGCCCUGAGCGGUCAGAUCUUCAUGGGUAUGGUGUCGUCCCAGUACCAGGCCAGGCUGGACACCGUCCGGCUCAUUGACGCCCUGGUCACUGCCUGCAUCCGCUUUGUUUACUUUUCUAUGGAGGAUGAGCUCCGCAGCAAGGUUUUUGCAGAGAAGAUGGGUUUAGAGACAGGCUGGAACUGUCACAUCUCUCUGACUCCGAAUGGAGAUGGUCCCUGUGAUGGAGCUCCGUCCAGUCCCAGUCAGGGCUCCUUGCAUGAAGACUUGAACCAAGAUUCUCGGGACGAGGCAGAAGGUCCGUUACUCCCAGAGGAGGAAGCCCACUCUGACCUGGCCAGUUUCCAGCCCACAGACAGCGAUGUCCCCAGCUUCCUGGAGGACUGCAACAGGGCCAAACUACCUCGUGGUAUCCACCAGGUUCGUCCUCACUUGAAGAACAUUGAUAAUGUGCCUCUUUUGGUGCCCCUCUUCACCGACUGCACCCCUGACACCAUGUGUGAGAUGAUGAAGAUCAUGCAGGAGAACAGGGAGGUUACUUGCUGUCUGGGAAGCUCCGCCAAUUUCCGCAACAGCCGCCUGUUUCUACAGAGCGACCUCAGCAUUGCUCUGGACCCUCUGUACCCGUCCCGGUGCUCAUGGGAGACGUUUGGCUACGCCACUGGAGGAGGAUUCAACAGAGACACUGAAGGCUUGUCUCCUCUGAGGCUUUCUGGACAGCUCAACAGUCUGGGCUGCUCUGUCACCUUCCACCAGGGAGAGAGCGUCAGCAUGGUCAAGCUCAUAGAGCAGGCGCGACACACAACCUAUGGCAUCCGCAAGUGCUUCCUUUUCCUGCUGCAGUGUCAGCUCAGUCUGGUCAUCAUCCAGUUUUUAGCCUGUGUAGCCCAGCUUCCCCCGCCCAUAAACACCACUGACAUACUGUGGCUGUCCUGUUUCAGCUGCCCACUGCUAAGCGUGUCACUUCUGGGGAAGCCACCAGAUAGCUCAGUCAUGACAGUGGCCACAGGGAAGAACCUAGAUGCCAUCCCCAGGAAGACCCAGAACUACUUCCUUGGCUGUUUCCUGUUAAAGUUUGGCCUGACUGUGUGUACCUACCUUCUGGGCUUUGGCUUCACCCUGCAAGAGGUUUGCCUCAGAACCAACAACUUAACCCUGGCUAACAACACCACCAUCCCCUGCAAGAAUAUAUUCACACUCAGGUCCUUCGAGACCCUCCCCCCUUGGUUCAGUGAGCUGUCCAAUGGUCUGCUGCUAACUCAGAAGGUUAUGGCAGGGUUCCUGGCCUUACACACAGUGGUGAUCUCCCUGAGCUAUGUGCACCGCUCUCAGCCUCUGUGGAGAAAGAGUCCCUUCAGCAAUACCUGGUGGUGCCUCACAGUACCUGUGGUUUUGCUUGGCCAGGUUGUUCAGGCCACAGUGGAUUACCAGUUAUGGUGCGACAGGGAGAGCACCCUGACCUUUAGCCUGGGAAACAUACCACUGCCAGCCUGGCUGCUGGUCUCACUGUCCCCGUUGCUGGUGGUGCUGGUCAACGAACUGGUCAAGCUCCAUGAGAUCCGGGUGCGAGUUCGCUACCAGAAGAGGCAGAAACUGCAGUUUGAAACAAAGCUUGGGAUGAACUCUCCAUUUUGAUCCAAGGAACUCUGCAGUAUGGCAAUACUGAGAACCAGUCACUAUUGUGGAAAACAGGGAAAGGGCAGGGUGCAAGUAGCACCCUCCAUAACACUUUGUACCCCUGCCUUGUUUUAAGGGCACUUGUCCUGCUUCAGCCCAAAAGCACUGCAACCCUCAUCUGGAGCAGACAUCAACCAAAUGGCAAUGUUGGGGCUUUAUGAUACAAAUACUCAAUUACUGUUUUAAUGAAUCAAUUGGUAUUAUAUCAUGGUUAUUUUAAGGGCGGGGAAGGAAAAAUUCCAAAGCAUAUUCAUUUCUCUUUUCCUUUUAAUAGAAAAGAGCCAAAAAUAGUAGACUAUUUAUUGUAUGAUUUUAGUUUGUGGCAUGAGGAAUGUUUUCUGAAGAGGUUAUGCUCCUUCACAAUCACUUUAUUCUCCCACUGAGAGACAAACACUUUGUGCAUGGUCCUUCUCAUCUAGUGCUUCAUGAUCGUCCCAGGAGCAAUGCAGGUCCUUGAGAAUCAUGUGAAUGCAUUGGACUAGCUUCAUAAUUUCAAAGCUAUUAAAUGUAGUGAUCCUUCUUAGUCUGAGAUGACCAAGAAGGAUGAGAGGCUGAGGUUUCAGCUUCGCUUCCUCGUCCACCCACACAAAUCUUGAUGACCUGCAAUGAACUGUGACGUAUCUAAUCCAGCCUUUGUUUAAAGGACAUUAGUGAACGUCAGUGUCUUUACCAUUGAAAGUAGGUGGGGCUGAAAGCAAAAAGGUAGUUUGUGAUCUUUUGCAUAAGUUUGAUAUCGGAUUGAGAUGCCCAUAAUUUGGCAUCUUACAGGAAAGGCUGUAAUGCUACCUCUUGCAAAUCACAACAGCUUGAAGUAAAUGUGACAAAGAAGCAUUCAUAAACAGGCUUUCUGUGGGCCGGUCUGUAAUUCAGCCCCUGAGCCACAUUAUCAGCAUAAUCUUUACUGUACUAGACAUUAGGUUAUUUAUUUAUUUUUCCAACAAAGGUUCUUUGUUCUUAACUACAUGCACCAAUUCCUGAGCUAAAUCAAGGUCAAUCCUGCUGUAAUGCAAUAAGGAAUGAAUAACAAUGUGAUUAUCCUGUGAAGGAAUAAAUCUUGAUUGGUCACGUUUUAUAUAUAUCUAUAUCUAUAUCCAUAUCUAUAUAUACAUAUACCUAUCUAUCUGAAGAAUGUGCUGGCAUGCCACUUUAACCCAUGUACUGUUUGACAGAGCAGUGUUUUUUUUUUUUUUUUUUUUGUGAGAAUCCACACGACUUGCUGCACAAUGAUCCCAGCCAAUCCCUACAAAAGUGAAGGUUUUACUGAGCAAAUAAGGUUCACUCUGUGGUAUCUGAGCAUACCAGUCUUGUGAAAGGUGCUUCAUAUCAUUCAGUUGCCUUCUCUCUCAGCCUGUCUGCCUGUUUCAUCACUCAACUCUGUAGAAACCCAUGGAGGAGAGACAGGAGCUCAGGAUACUGUUCAGUUUUGAUGUCUAAAAAUGACUAGCUGAGGAGAUUUCGUCCACAGAGUUGUUUUAAUAACCCAGAUUUAUUAGUUUAUCCUCAGACCAGCAUAUUUCAGAGAUUAAGAGUAAUGUGUUUGAUCUUUUCUUCCCUGAUAAACAUCACCAGAUAGUCCUUUUAGCCUGCAGCUGUCUACCCAGUUCUUUUUAUACCACAUCUUCAAGCCUAUUUAUUCAUUAAGUAAAUGUGUACCAUCAACAGCCGACGUCUGUAUCUCUGAUGGUCUUUUUUUAAUCAGACCUGCCUUUUAUGUGGUGCUUUCAUUGUUUCAGACGGACGUCAUUUAAUACUGCUAUAUGAAUGGGAUUGUUGUCACUUUCUGGCAACAUAUUUUUCAAAGUUUGCUUUGAUGGCACCCAACCCUCUUGACAUGAAUAUGAAAUAGUGAAAGUCAUUCAUGUCUAAUGAGAGUGUGGCUUGAGCUCAAUGAGGCAGAAAACAUGGCAACAGGGGUUAACUCGUGUGGUUGUGUGUGCCUCUUUAGUUAUCCUGCAGUUAGUUUGCCCUCUCAAGCACACAUUUGAAUUUGGGUGUAUGUGGAUUAUCUGAGGGAAACAGUUGAUGUAAAAGCACCAGUUGGUCAUCUGGUGCCAUGUAAGGCACUAAAGUUGUGACAAUCACUUUUGGACAAACAAACUAGUCGGCAGGUUAACCGAUGCCUCAAGUGAAACUAUUGAAGAUGACUUUAAAUCAUACACAAUGCUGCUGCAAUGCAACAGCACGUUUCUAGCAGAUGGUUUUUAUUUGUAUUUUUGUUUUGUUUGCCCUGCUUUAAAUUUUGGAUAAUUUAUUAUCAUUGCAAACAUCUGGGCUAUGCUGCAUGAAUACACAAUGAAUGCUCAGUCUUGGUCAAUGUUGAUACUAUGUAUAAUUUUCCUGUUCCGUUGUCGUUUGUUCGCUGCACAAAUUGAAUUCAGUCAAGCAUGGACUGCAUAUGUUGCUUGUGUUUUCUCACCACACUGACUGCUAAGCCAACAGCCCUCUGUCACAUAUUGCGAGGCUGAUGCUAGCCAUUUUGAGAACAUUUUCAUGCAUAUGCUAGGAGCUGAACCACGAGUCAGUUGAGUUUUGGGGGGGAAAAGUGAUGGACUAUGAUAUGGUUGUUCACAAGAUACAUAAAUGUAUAUUUUGUAUUUUUUAAAGUGUCUGUAAAAUUAUUAUUAUUAUUAUUUUGGCAAAAUUUUGUUUGUGUAUUGAUUGUCAUGUUAAUAAAUAGCCUUUUUUAUUUA